AUGACACGAUUGAUGCUGUACUGUGCUCAUGCUGAAAGGAAAAAGCAUCUCAAUCCAUCCCUCUUUGCAGCUGCUGCUCUCUCAGCUUUUGGUUCUUCCUUGCUUUAUGGAUACAAUCUUGCAGUUGUAAAUUCUCCUGCACAGUUUAUAAAAUCUUUCUAUAAUGAGACCUGGGUGGAGAGAUAUGGUCAGGAACUGACGAAGGACAAGCUCACUGUUCUGUAUUCUGUGACAGUUUCCAUAUUUGCUGUCGGAGGAAUGAUUGGUGCUGUUCUUGUUGGGGUGCUGGUUUCAAGAUUUGGAAGAAAAGGGACUCUGGUAAACAGUUCAGCACUAGUUUUCUUGGCUGGUAUCUUAAUGGGAUUCAGUCGGACUGCUAGGUCUCCAGAAAUGGUCAUCAUUGGAUGUUUUAUUACUGGAAUUCAUUCAGGUAUUUCCCUGAGUGUGGUGCCAAUGUACUUGGGUGAGAUUUCACCAAAGAACCUACGAGGGUUUAUAGGACUGAUGCCUACACUUUUUAUUUGCUCUGGAGUAUUUUUAGCUCAAGUGCUUGGUCUAGAAGAAGUACUUGGAAAGGAUGAAUAUUGGCCCUUGUUUCUCUCUCUGGUGGUGAUCCCCACAUUUGUACAGGUAUUGUUCCUGCCCUGGUUUCCUGAAAGUCCACGAUACCUUCUGAUAGAAAAGCAAAAUAUAUUUGCAACAGUCACAGCUCUGAAGUGGUACCAGGGUAAAUGUGACGUCCAAGCUGAAAUAGAGGAAAUGCAAGAAGAGCAACUGUCCCUUGCCUCUGUAGAUACACUUUCUGUCCUUGAUCUCCUCCGGGACCACACAGUGAGAUGGCAACUCCUUUCUGUCAUAGUGGUCAAUAUCGGUAUGCAGCUCUCUGGAAUUGAUGCGAUCUGGUUUUAUACAAAUUCAAUCUUUGAGAAUGCAGGAAUUCCAGCAGAUGAAAUCCAAUAUACAACAGUAGGAACUGGUGUUGUUGAGAUUAUAGCAGGAUUAAUUGGGUGCUUCACUGUUGAAAAAUUUGGAAGGCGGCCUCUCAUGGUUGGAGGGUUUAGUUUAAUGGGUGUCUGCUGUGCUGGAAUCACAUUGUCUUUAGUUCUGCAGGCUAAAGUACUUUGGAUGCACUAUGUCAGUGUCAUCUGUGUGAUUGGAAUCAUUGCUGGAUUCUGCAUUGGACCAGCUGGGAUUCCAUUUCUAAUGACAGCUGAGCUGUUUAUGCAGUCACACCGUCCUGCUGCCUACAUCGUGGGUGGAUCCCUAAACUGGCUGUCUAACUUCACAGUUGGAUUUGUUUUCCCCUUCCUUCAGAUAUCAACUGGUGAAUUUUGUUACUUGGUAUUUUGUGGGAUUUGCACGCUAGUUGCUUUGUAUGUUUACUUCAUUAUUCCUGAAACCAAGAACAAGACAUUUAUGGAAAUCAGCAACAUGUUCACCUCCAAACAAGCCAUUGCAUCUAUCAGUUCAGAUGCCGUGAAGAUGGCAAAGUUUAACGGAUACGGAUCAAUAGCAAAUUGCUCCAGUGAGUUUGAAAGAUCUCAGUGUUAUCCAUGAAAAAUACAGUGAAAAUUCUCCAACUACAUACAGUGAAUGAGGUUUUAAAGACAUUGUUUCCCUAAAAAGCUGGCAGGAAGCUAAUGAAAAAGGGACCGUUUCUUUUCUUUUUGUCAUUAAGAAGUGUAUAUCACUUUUGGUACCUCAGGUGUGAUUUAGUUUCUUGGUAUUUUAAAUAUAACAUUGCAAACGACCUCUGAAGUGCCACAACUGGUGUUGAUUUCAUCCCUGUUAAAAUAAUGGUUAGAAAGCAGUUUCAUUCUCUUCUCCGUUUAAAUAAAGAGUUGAACUAUAACCCAAAACGAAGACUAAACACAGGAAAAGUGCUUAAGAGAUUGUGUGGUUUAAUAAACUAAAACAAAACGUCAUAAUUUGAAAGUCCAUUCAAAAUCUCAAACUUAUCAUGAUACUAGGGUAAGGAUUUUUUAUUAGUUUACUGUUUAAACUGCAAUCCCUGAUUCAAUAUGUCCUGUUUAAUAUAACUCUGAGAAUCCUAAAGAUUGGCAGUAAUAAUCAGACAAAUGCAUACUCAGAUGGUCUGUGGAAAAACACAAUAAUAAUCACAGAAACAAUUUGUCCAGGACUAAUUCAGGUACAGCAGCAAAACUUGUUUGAAUACUGUAAAAUAUCAGAGCUAUGAGUCUGCUUUUAUAAAAUGUAGUGCAGAUUAUGAACUUAUUUUACUUAAAUUAUAUUAGCCAGAAGUAUUAUUGUAUAAUUAAAAAAACUUAGUUUCUUGACCUAAAAGUAAUUUCAUGUUGGAAUUAUAAAACAUAUUUAUGAUGUGUUAACCAGAAAUAGCAAUGCCCAAUAUUCAGGAUAAAAAUAUUAACUCAUACCCAGGUUAUGUCUGCAUUUUCAAAAUCUAUUAUACACACACAUAUACUCACACACAAAUAGAUGUGUUGUCAGCAUAGUCUAAUGAUAUAGUGGCACUAUCCUCAAUGCUCUGAGGGAAGGAAUACCCACAUCCAUGCAUCCGUGGUGCAGAAGGCCAUUGCAGGUCUCCGUUGAGGACACAACCUCAUCAGAGCCUGACAUGCCAUUUAAAAGUGAAAGUCUCACAUGGGCUCAUUUUGUGAUCCACCAUAUGCAACCUUUGAUAUUAUGCACUGUCUUUGAAGUGGGCAUGUUCAACAUAGGUGUGAGAUGUAGGGAAGUAUAACAGUCAUGACUCCUGUGUUGUUCUUGAUAUGCAUGCAGCACUGUGAAUCAACCAGCAGAUGUGCAGAUCUGUCAUCCAGGUGCAAACAGCUGUUGUGUAAAGUGUUCUGGAGCAGUUAAGUAUACUCUGUGGCAUGUGUUAAGACAUGCCUCAACUGUACUGUGAUCUGGAGUAUCAAUGCAAUGAGGUGUUGCGUUACUGCUACCAAAGUCACAAGUGGUGAUUUCUGUGUAACACAUUAUGACUGUCCUUCAAUCUGCCUCUGCUCGCCAUGCUGUUCAUGGCCAUGACAGGGUCCAGAGAAGAACUGGAUAUGCCAGUGGCAUCCCCAAUCAGAGGACACAUUGUGGAUGAACUGUUGGUGUUGCAUGCUGGUGCAUAGUUUGGCACCACUUGGUCAUACUCACAGACAUUCCUCAGGUUCUUUCUAUGAUACAUCUUCUUGUGGUAGCUCUACUAGAUCCUAUAAUUCAACCCUAUCCUUGCCAUGCAAUGAAUUCUGUGCCCGCAAUGCUAAGGUGACACAGUGCACUUUAUAAACAAUCCUGCAGUAGCACCCCAAACUUCUCACUACAAACCUGCUAGCAGUGGACUCUCGCCUUCAGUAGUGCAAAGAUUCUUGCUUUAGUAUUCUUUGUUAGGCAUGGACUAUGUUGCAUGACAUUUCUGUCAUUGUCUGUGGGCUGCAAAUGGAGUCAUCAUCCAUGACUCAGGGGCAUAUAUGCUAUUACAAGGCAAACAAGAAACAGCAUUAUAUGCGGAAUUCAUGCUUCCUGUAUGUAUAGACCAUUCUCUGCGUGGGCCUACAAUCCAAGUGGCCAUAUAAUAAAGCUCCUCAGAGUAACAUUUGUUAUGGAUUGGAUGUGUCUCACAUGAGUUUGGGUGACACAAGGACACACUGAACAUAAUGCUUUUGACAUUACAGACCACUGGCAAUUCAGAGCAUGAUGACCAUUCCUAUUUACAUGUCUCUGUCUCCUGGGUUACGUAAGGCCUUAAUAGCAACAUAGAUGCCAUCUAUGGUACCCAGCAUCUCAGAGACAUGAUAAAUACAGAAUGCCCACACAAUAUUUAUCCUGUCCUUUUCUACCUCUGGGAAGUAGAAAUGCUCCUCCACAUGCUGUAUCAGGAUGUUAAGGAACUGGUUAGUAUUCAUACAGUAAGAGGCUUAAGACAUAACUAACAUACCCCCACAGGUUGCUAGAAAGUCCCUAUAGUUAAGAUGGUCAAUGUUAUAUAUACCUUUGUGUCCAAAGGAAUGAGCAUACCACAUGUACCCCUCAAUUCCUUUCAUAGGGAGCAUAGUAUGACUGUGUGCCAGAAUGGAUAAGUGAUUGAUUAUCUACUAAACUGUCAGAUGGUGAUAUGUAAAUCCCUGUCUGUACCAUCUCUGCUGGCACAGGAGACCAUGGUGCAUAACAUUGCCAACACUGGCUCUGAUGGUGACUACCAAUGUAUACUGUUGAGCUACUAUUGCUAUGUCUAACAUCCUCCUGUCUUGUGCACCAUAAAUCAUGGUGCUUAAUCUAAUUUGAUCUGCCAUUUUGUGCUCCUAUAUUUGUAGUCUGUAUUGCUCAUUUUCAUGGGAGAUGUUCUUCGUGUUUCACUGUUGCAGUCAUCACAUUUGGGUUAUCUGCUUGCAGUAGCCCU